AUGGGGGGCACCAAGGACCCUUGCUUGACUCAGUUAUCGAAAGACCUGUGGACUUUUCUAUUAUCCAAGCAGAUCACAAUUACAGCAGAACAUCUACCAGGGAAACUGAAUGUGAAGGCAGACUGGAUGUCCAGGAACUUUGUGGACUCGAGCGAAUGGCUUCUAGAUCCUCGAAUAUUCAAGACUCUAUGCAAAAGGUGGGGCACACCAGACGUAGACCUAUUUGCAUCAAGACUUUUUCAUCAGGUACCGAGUUACAUGUCUUGGAAACCAGACCCAGGUUGCUUAGCGGUUGAUGCAUUGCAACAACCGUGGGGGAACCAUUACCCGUAUGCAUUUCCUCCGUUUUCCUUAUUAGGGAGAGUGUUAGCCAAGGUCCGAAGGGAAGAAGUGUGUAUGAUUUUGAUAACUCCUGCUUGGCAAACGCAGACGUGGUAUGGUCUUCUCCUAGAAAUGCUAGUGACCAAUCCUCUACUCCUGCCACAAAGCUUGUCACUUCCAACAAACCCUCAGGGAAAGAGCCAUCCACUUCUGGAAAACCGAACUUUGAGGCUGGUGGCUUGGACAAUUUCAGGAAAAUUUUGGAGGGUGAGGGAAUAUCAGGAAAAGCUGCAGAGCUUAUCACAAGUGUCAGAACAGAGGGCACACUCUUUAAUUACGAAUAGUCCUGGAGAAAGUGGGCUAGCUGGUGUGCUGAAAUGUUCGAACAGGGGUUUCAGUAUAGCACUAUUAAUGGAUAAAGAUCAGCUAUCUCUGCAUUUCAUGCCCCUAUUGAUGGUUUUUAUGUCUUAUUUAGGAAAUUUGUCGGAAAAUGAACAUCUAACAGAUCGCCUAUUAGUUUUAAAAACUGUCAUGUUGUUGGCAUUAUGUUUAGCUUCCAGGGGAUCAGAACUGAAACUAUUAGAUAUCCGCUACAUGGUUAAAACACAAACUUCGUAUAUUUUUGAACUUUCUGAGAGAACAAAAACUCGGAAAAAAGGGAGUCCCCCACCAGAACUUGAGUAUCAUGAGUUUUCAGAGAACAAAAAAUUGUGCAUUGUUUCUUGCUUGAACCAAUACAAUGUAAGAUCCCAGGGAUGGCGUUGUAACCGGCAAUGUCAAUUGCUACUAAGUCCAGUAAAACCUUAUCGUGAAGUGGUUCGUAGUACUAUUGCAGGUUGGAUCAAGACUGUACUUAAAAACGCAGGGGUAGACAUUAAACUUUUCAUGGCACACUCCUGUCGACCAGCAUCUUCAUCUAAAGCAAAGGCAAUGAGUUUGUCCCUGAAAAGUAUACUUGAUCGGGGACAAUGGUCUUCAAAAUCUUCAACCUGGCAAAAACAUUAUCAUAGACCUAUUUUGAAUAAGGCUAAAAUAUACCAGGACAAGGUGUUUGAAAAUAAGCUUUGA